AUGGAAGGGUACGAAGAAAGUGAAUUAAAAAAAAAGGAAGAAGAUAAUAAUGAUAUAGUGUGUUAUGUUAAAUGGAUAACUAGUAUAAUCCGUACUGAUGAUGUAUUGAAAGUUAAAUGGGAGGAUAUAGAAAUUGAAAAAUCGAAAAAAAGACAAUUGAAAAUAAAGGAAAGAGAAGAAAUUAGUAAUGAAAAAAAAAAAAAAAAAAAAAACGAUGAAAAUGAUGGUAUAACCUCAUUAUAUAAUAAAGGUAGAAAUAUAAUAGGUCAAUGGAAAUCAUUAUAUAAUAUAAAAUCAAUAAAAAGUUGGACAAAUAAAAAUGAAAUUAAAGAUGAUUUAGAAAAUGAUAAUAGUCUUUCAUCAUGUAGUGUAUCCGAAAUUGGAAGUGAAGGGGAGGAAGAAGUUUCUACUAAUGAAGUUAAAAAGAUUAUAAAAAAAAAUAUAGAUUAUACAGCAUUAAGUAGGUAUAUAAAAGAGGGGUCAUUUUCUGAUGAAGGUGAGAAGGACAAAAAUGAAGGUCGAGAUAGGGAUUUAAUUAGUUAUAAUAUAUUUAAAGAAAUAAUAAACCAAAACAAUGAAUUGGAUAUGAUAUUUUUUCAUAAUUUAAAUAUGCAUAGGAAUAAUGAUAAAGAGGUAAAGGAAAACAUAAAGAAUGAACAGAAUGGAGUUAUUGAUAGGAGUGCAAAAAAUGAUUUAGAAAAAGAGAGUAAUAAUAAAAUAGUUGAAAACAAAUUAAUUAAUAAUAUAAAAAAUGAGAAUUUGAAUAAUAGUUUGAAUUUAAAAUUAGAGUCAGAUUUCGAUCCUUCAAAAAGAAUGGAAAAUAAUAAUUUUUGUUUUUGGAAUAUGGAAAAUGAGACAUGCAUAACAAGACCUUUAUAUGCAAACCAAUUAAAUAAAAAAAGUUAUACAUUAUUAGAUGAAUCUGAAGAAAUGAUUAAACAGUUUUCAUCAAAUCAAUAUUCAAUAAAAUUUGUUCCUAGACAUUUACUUUAUUCUGUAAGUCAAGUAGCGUCAAGAACAUUUUUCGACCCUCUAUAUAGAAAGCAAUUAUUUUUUUAA